CGCGAAGACGACGGCUGCCAGAAAAGUGUAAUGUCACUAGUUUUUCACUGGAGAGCGAGCUACGCGAAUGGUUCAGUGGAUUAUUGGCGAUUUUACGUGAAAUAAAGUGCGAUUCAGCAAGCCAAAUAUCCGGUAAAGGCAAAUCCGUUGAAAGUGGUCAGUGCAACGGUUCCGUUUCCGGUUAAUUCGUUGAAAUACGGCGCUGGUUUGGAUGUGAAAAAGUAAAGUUAUUCCAUCGGGGAUUGGCAUUCGGAUCGGACGGGUGAAAGAAAAUUUCUCCUCAAGCGUGAAAAGGUGCGGAAUCCAGCCAGCCAGCAGCAGCAGCAGCGGUAACGACGGCAGUGUUGUGUUGUACAAAGAGCGAAAAAAACGAAGGAAUUGGGCUGUAGUUGUGUCUGUGUCCGGUUCGGUGCAGUGAGAAGUGAAGGAGGAAAAUAGUCCACUUUCAAGCGAAAGGUUCGAAGAAUUUCCAGAGGUCCCUUCGGAAUCUUGGAUUUGGGGGCCUGGUGCUGGAAAAACAACAUAAGCAAUUCUUCUACAAAGCAGUGUAGGAUUCGUGAAAUCAUCAGUUUGUCACGGUGAAGAAGUGAUUGAAUAAAACAGUGCAAGUGUUCCAACGCUAAAAGCGUGAGUCAGGGAGAAAGAGCAAUCCAGAACCAGCAGAAGAGUGAGAAAACAUCGUAGCGACAAUGUCGUCAUCCGGCGAUUUUGGGAAUCCGCUUCGGAAGUUCAAACUGGUCUUCCUGGGCGAACAAAGCGUCGGAAAAACAUCGCUGAUCACUCGGUUUAUGUACGACAGCUUCGACAACACAUACCAGGCAACGAUCGGCAUAGACUUCCUGUCGAAAACCAUGUACCUCGAGGACCGAACAGUGAGAUUACAGCUGUGGGACACUGCCGGACAGGAGCGAUUCCGAUCGCUGAUACCUUCGUACAUUCGUGAUUCAACCGUAGCCGUAGUCGUGUAUGAUAUUACAAAUGCUAACUCGUUCCAUCAAACAUCGAAAUGGAUCGACGACGUCCGGACGGAGCGUGGCAGUGACGUAAUCAUCAUGCUGGUGGGCAACAAAACUGACCUCUCGGACAAGCGCCAGGUCUCGACGGAGGAAGGCGAGCGGAAAGCGAAAGAACUGAAUGUGAUGUUCAUCGAAACCAGUGCGAAGGCCGGUUACAACGUGAAACAGCUUUUCCGACGAGUAGCAGCUGCACUGCCCGGUAUGGACUCAACCGAGAACAAGCCCCCAGAAGACACCGUCGAUCUGCAGACUCAACCAUCGAACUCUGGUGACCAGCAAGAUUCGGAAGGAGGCUGCAUGUGUUAAAACGCGGCCACCUGGCGGUGGUACGUGGAACUGAGAAGCAGCUGCAACGGCAUCAACAAAUCGGCAAAAUAUGUGUGUUUCCUCUAGCUAUGAAGAACGCUAGCAGCAGGCAAAAUUGAUGUGUUUGCUUUAUCUUUGGCCGGAUGUUUUUAUUUCUAAAUAUAAUAAUUUAUAUAAGGUGGUGAACCCUAACAAGUAAGAUUACUAUAAAACUAAUUGAUAGUGGGUAUGGAAGAGUUUAAAAAUCAAAAGAAACGAUCGAGAGAAACAAAAAAAAACGAUGUCGCGUCAGAGUUCAAUUAGCGAAGGUAAGGAAAGAACGAAUUAUACCGAGAUAACAGAAACUAGGAUUUACUAAAUUUAGCUAUGCAGUAACCAAAGCGAAACUUCAACUCAAGAAAUUCAACUGAAGCACAAGCAAGAAUCAAGUUUUUAAACAAAACGGUAAUUGAUAGUCAACAUAAGCAAAUUCACUCUCACUCAAUCACAUUCAACACACGGACAAACAACAAAACCCAGAUCAGGACCUAGAACCGAAGAAAAAACAUUGCUAUAAAGUACUAGACCUAGAUUAGGAAUCAAAAUUACACACGGAUAUCAUAAUAAUUUAUGGCGGCCCUUUAAAGGCUGUUUUUGACAGUGUGCUGCCUCAAAAAACCGGAAAGCAGCCGUAAUGGUAACUAUCCAAUACAGCUACCAGAAACAAUAAUGAAUCAUUCCCACCCCCGAGUCACUAACCGAGCGAUUAUGACAUGUAACACGUUUAAAACAAAACCGACGCAUUGAACCCCCUCCCCAUUCCUUUAAGGAAUGCACGUCCUAAAAGUACUUUGUUUCCUUUUAUUGAGAAUAAUAAAUAUGAAACUCUUUUGUGAUGUAAUUUGAAGCAAGCAAUUUACUAUCCUUUUAUCAUAAUCAGAAAAUGCAUACAGGCAUUUGAUUCGUUUAUUAGUUCUAGCGCAAUUGCAGUGAAUCCAAUUAUUGUUAAGCAUUGUCAAGUCAUGACACAGGAAAUAAGCAGAAACUCUUUCGAAGAAAUGAUUAUAAUUUAGUGUUGAUCGCUAAAGAAGGCUCCGUACUUUAUUUAUCUAAAAGGUUGUUUCGAUAUCAAUGAAUAAAAUAUAUAAAGCUUUUGAAAUAGCAACAUAAUUGACGCAAAAUAAAUGUUCCGUGCUUAGUUUGACCGAAAGAGUUCUGUGCUUACAAUAACUAAAAGUAAUUUGUGAAGAUAGUUGUUCGAAAGUUUUUUUUUUAAUAUAGAGAUUGUGGAUGAUAAGCUGAAUUUGAUGAUUUCAUAUUUCCAAUGUGUGAUUUGCCAAAAUUAUCCUUUUACCCAAGUUUCUACAGAUUAAUUGACCAGUGCCUCACUGGACAGAAGCAAGCUCUAUCUCUCAAUGUAAUGUUUCUGUUUAUCAUAACGAUGAUUAAUGUCCAGAACAUCUAUAACUGUCAACGAUGACCUACAGCUAUUGGGGAUCAGAGCGGUUGUCCUUAAUGCAGCAUGGAAAUAUAGAAAAGGUUUCUUAUAGAACUGCCAUUUCAGUUUCAAUUAGGUGCAUCGCCUUUUUAAUUUCGUGCCUGCGCCGAAAUCAAUUGAAAGAACGAGACACUGAAGAUUGCCUUACUGUGGAUUCACAAUAUUCAUGUUACAAAAAAUACAAGAAAAAUAAAUUACUCAGUGAAUUCAACUUAUCAUUCACAUUCUAAAAUAAUUUAAGUAUACAGUAGAAAGGACAGUUGGACAUUUUCUCACAGCUUGAAUACCUUGUGAAUGUUACGAGCCUCUACUACCUAAACAUAUUAUAAUUUAUCAGAAUAUUGGUAUGUAGGGGGAAUGACGGCUUUGGCAGGUUUUGUUCUAUUAUUGGCAGGGGUUUUUUUAUGACUGACUAGGCUCAAAUUUGGGCUAAACAUUCUUUGCAUAUCAAAGAAUAUUGUGGCCAAAUUUCAUAAAAUUUGGUCGACAAAAACCCCCCUGCCAAUAAUAGAACAAAACCUGCCAAAGCCGUCUUUCCCCCUAGCACAUAAAAUUGAAAUUCACUUCUUGAAAACCGGACACGAAAGGAAAUGUACAUUUCCUUAACUCCACCACUUUAUUCUUUUCCUCUCAGAUACGCCUAUUCCGACUUCAUCUAUAUGGUCAUCUUUGGUGUCUCGGUUUGAAUGAAGUACGAGAUCCGAAAGACAACCUUAUAUAGUUGAGAGUGCAGUACGCAUAUCUGCCAAAUAAAAAGCAAAGUGGUGGAUUUUUUAUGGAAUUAGAAACUCGUCUUAUAGACUUGAAAAAAAUUAUGAAACAAGGAAAUCUGACGCAUAAUAACUAAAAAAAAAACACAAUCAUUUUCACUUACUUCUAUUCGCAAUAAGAGCAUAUGGAACCCUGUUGAAAUUAGAAAAAAAAACUUAAUUAAAGCAAAUUGUGGGCUUUAUGACAAUUUGAACUACGACUUUACAAAAAACACACUCCCACAAAAACAUAUAGGCAAAAUAUGAAAAUUUUAAAUAUUAAACCUAAAACCUAUCGCUAAAACGAAACAAAGUCUAAGAUAAAUACUACCCUUAAACGUUUAAAACGAAUCGAGCGCAGAACCAGAGAGAGUUAGAGGCUAACAAAAAAUCAUUGUCAUUCAUCAGAAUUCAGCUACACUAGGAAGCAACGGAGAUUCUAACGUGAACGUAAAAGAACGAUGGCAAAGCGAUCCGGGAGAUUGGUCCCGAGAUUCGCAUCUCAAUUUGGGCAGAUUAGGGACGAACGCGGAGAAGGAAUCCUUCACAAUAGUCGCUUUUCAUAGUUAAAAUAAAAAUGAUGAUUCAUUAGAAAACUAAAA